AUGGCAUUGGACGCCGCGAGGCUGAUUCAGCAGGUCGGGAUGCAGCAGCUCAUGCGCCGCCGGCAGUCGCCGCGCCGAGCCUCAGCUCCGGAACAGCCCAGCACUUGGGCGUAUUCCCGCCCGGUGGUCAUUCUCGACGCGUUUUGGAACCUCGCCUUCGUUGUAGUCACAGCCAUCACGCUCUUUAUAAGCCAGGCGCGCAACGAGCGCCCGCCCGCGCCGCUGUCCAUCUGGUUACUCGGUUACGCCGUGCAAUGCGCCGUGCACGUGAUCUGCGUGUUGCUGGAGCACGAGCGGCGGGAGAGUCGGCGCGUAAGGGAGCAGCGGGAGCAGCGCAGGGGGAGGAGACGGGCGCGGGGGAGGGGGAGGGCGGGGAGGCGCGCAAGGGACGGGCGGAGAGACAGGGGGAGGGAGAGAGGGGGAGAGCUUGAGAGGGGAAGCGGGGUGGCGACGGGGGGGAACGGGAGCGUGAAUGGGGAGAGGGGUGGAGGGGGGGAUGCAGAGGGGACAGAAUUUGAUGUACCGCUGAACCAAUCGGGGGAGCUGGGGGGAAUAAGGGGAAGCGGAGAUUGGGGGGGAAAUGCGGAAGGGACGGGAAGCCGGAGGGAAGGGGAGGGAGAAGAGGAAUUCAUCUCCAUUCUACGCAGGAGGGACGCGGGUAGAGCGGUGACUCUAGACGAAGCAGCUUCGGUGCUUAUAACGGGACGGGAUCUGGUAGUGGACAGGGAAGAGCGGGAGGGGGAGGCACUGGAGGGGCUUCUGGGGGCGGAGAGGGCGGGCGGGGAGGAUGGGAGAGGGGAUGCGCAGGCAAGGAGGGUAGGGAGAAUGGUGGGUGAGGAAGGGGCGACGGUGGAGGAUGAAGAGAUGAUGGUGGGAGCUGUGGAUGAAGAAGCACUGCAGCGUGCUCCCCUCCACUCUCCCAUGCUCCACCCACCACCCGACCCUCCCUCUCUCCACCAUGAUUCCCUACCCCCCCACGCACCAUUUCCCUCUUCCUCCCUCCCCACCUUCUCCACCCUCGCACGCCCCAUAGAGUUCGCCAACACCAUGUUCUCCUUCGCCUGCUGGCUCAAGCUUGCUCUCUCCUUCUCUCUCUCUCCUGCUCGCCCUCUUGCCUUCCCUCCCUUUCACCUAUUCCAGCCUGGCGCAAUGCGUAGAGUCAGCCAACACAAUGUUCUCCUUUGCCUGGUGGCUCGAGCUCACUUCCUCUCAUGCUCUCUCCUGCUUGCUCUCAUGCCUCCCUCUCUCCUUCUCACCCUCUCACCCUUUUCCAGCCUCGCACGGCGCGUCCGGUCAGCCAACACCAUGUUCUCCUUCGCCUGCUGGCUCGAGCUCUCGUGCUCGCACAUCUCAUACUGUCAUACCGCCUCCCCCUUUAAUCUUUCCAGCCUCGCACGGCGCGUCGAGUCAGCCAACACCAUGUUCUCCUUCGCCUGGUGGCUCGUCGGCUUCACCUGGAUCCUCUCCACCAUCGACGACUCCUUCAAAGAUGCUCCCAUCCUCUCCUGGGCCACUACCGCCUUCCUGGCGUUUGAUGUGUUCUUUGUGGUCUUCUGCGUGGCCGUCGCAUGUGUGGUGGGCAUGGCUGUGUGCUGCUGCCUGCCCUGCAUCCUCGCCCUCAUCUAUGCAGUCGCAGACCAGGAAGGAGCUACACGAGAGCAGAUCGAAGCUCUCCCCAAGUUCAAGUUCUACCACCAUCGCACCGCCGCUAACAGCUCCUCACAAGCCAGCAGCAUAUGCCCCUUCCACUCCUUCUCCUCCUCCUCCUUCCGCCUCUCCUCGUCUCCCCCCCUCUCUUCCUCCACCUCCUUCUCCUCCUCUCCAGCCGUCCGAACCGCCCCCUGCCCCUGCUGCUCCUCCUCUGCCUUUGCCGGUGCCAUGUGGCGCAACGCGGUUGGCUUAGCUGCUGGGCUCUGGAGGCGGGCAGGCCGGGCAGGUGGAAAUAACAGCAGCGGGAUAAAUAUUCCAAGUGGCGAUGCUCUGGACGUGCGUGUGACGGUCGAGGAAGAGACAGGUGGCGUCAUGUCAUUGGUUGGUUCAGCCCACCCGCCAAGGCAGAGGCAUGUGGAGGCAGAGGAUGCAGAGUGCUGUGUGUGCCUUGUAAGGUAUGAGGAUGGGUGUGUGUUACGGGAGUUACCAUGCUCACACCACUUCCACACGGCAUGCAUUGACAAGUGGCUCAAGUCGCACCCGACAUGCCCACUAUGCAAGCGUGACAUUACUAAGGGAGUGGGGAGCAGGCCAUCACCAGACACACUGCCAAGUUCACUCUCUGCUGGAGCAUCGCCGGAAGGGGCUCUUGAAAGCACUCCAGGGCCAAGCGGGACACCAUAA